AUGGCACAAGACGGAAAUAGGAACAUAUUUCCAAUAGCUUUUGCAUUGGUAGAGGGUGAAACUAGAGAAGCAUGGAGUUUUUUCUUGAGAAAUCUUAGAAUGCAUGUCACACCACAACCCAACCUAUGCUUGAUAUCAGAUCAACAUGAGUCAAUAAAGAGUACCUAUGAUAACCCGGAUAAUGGCUGGCAACACCCUCCCUCCUCACACGUCUAUUACAUCAGACAUAUAGCUCAAAAUUUCAUGAGGGAAUUCAGAGAUAAGGAACUUCGGAAAAAAAUUGUUAACAUGGGGUAUGCAUUAAAUGAGGCAACAUAUGAAUACUACAGGGGAGAGAUACGUAAGGUUAACAUAGAAGCGUUAGAAUGGGUAGACAAUAUUCCAAGAGAAAAAUGGACGAGAUCAUUCGAUGGAGGGAAACGUUGGGGUCAUAUGACUACCAACCUUGCAGAAUCAAUGAACUCAGUUUUAAAAUCCACACGCAACCUACCUAUUACCGCUUUGGUAAAAUCAACAUAUUAUCAAAUGGGCACACUGUUUGGAAAAAGAGGACAUGAUUGGACUAAAAUGUUGGGUUCUGGCCAACUGUUCACUGAAAACUGCAUGAAGGGAAUUAAGGAGGAAGUAAUUAAAUCAAAUAGCCACACGGUUAUGCAAUUUGAUCAUGAGAGGUUCUGCUUCCUGGUCCAGGAAACUGUUCAUCAUAGUGACGGCAGACCGACUACCCAUUACAACGUCGACCUUCAGAAUCUUACGUGUGAGUGUGGAAUAUUCCAAACGUUUCAUGUCCCUUGCUCACAUGUUAUUGCAGCGUGUUCAAGCAUAAGACAAGACUAUUCUGUGCAUAUAGUUGACGUGUUCAAAGUUGUAAACGUAUUUAAGGUCUACGAGGAAAGUUUCCUCGGGAUCCUGACCGAAACAAGUUGGCCAUAA